GCGCCGUGACGUAACUUCCAGGCAGGGCUACUUCCGAGGCAGACGUGAAAGUACGGAGGGUCCGCGGGCUAGAGUGCGGGAUUUCUGUCCCUGGUAGCGUUCUGGAGAGACUGGUUCUUCAGGGCCAGGUUCCGCCAGCACAGGCCCCACAAGGCCGACGUGCCGUCGCGCCUCGGCCGGGCGCUGAUGCCCGCCGUGCCCGAGAGGCCCCGCAGCGGGCCCGGGUCAUGAGCCUGCUGGGCGGCCUCGCCCCUUCGCCGCGGGCCGCAUCGCAGUCCGCCAAGGCCAGGAUGAAAAAGCUUCCGAAGAGGAGCCAGAACGAGAAGUACCGGCUCAAGUACCUGCGGCUGCGCAAAGCCGCCAAAGCCACGGUGUUUGAAAAUGCUGCUAUUUGUGAUGAAAUUGCUCGUCUUGAGGAAAAAUUUCUUAAAGCAAAAGAAGAAAGACGGUACUUGCUAAAGAAGCUCCUCCAGCUUCAGGCUCUAACUGAAGGGGAAGUACAGCCUGCAGCUCCUUCCCACAGCUCCAGUUUGCCCCUGACUUAUGGUGUGGCCAGCUCUGUGGGGACUCUACAAGGAGCAGGGCCCAUUUCUGGGCCUGGCACUGGGGCUGAGGAACCAUUUGGGAAGAAAUCCAAGAAGGAGAAAAAAGAAAAAGGCAAAGAGAACAACAAACUGGAAGUUCUGAAGAAAACAUCCAAGAAAAAGAAAAUGGAGGGAGGUGCUCGCAAGCUGGUUCAGCCCAUUGCCCUGGAUCCCUCAGGACGGCCUGUGUUCCCCAUCGGACUGGGGGGUCUAACAGUAUAUAGCCUGGGGGAGAUCAUCACCGACCGGCCUGGCUUCCAUGACGAGAGUGCCAUCUACCCGGUGGGCUACUGCAGUACUCGAGUCUAUGCCAGCAUGAAAUGCCCAGACCAGAAGUGUCUAUAUACCUGUCAGAUCAAGGAUGGUGGUGUGCAACCUCAGUUUGAAAUUGUUCCUGAAGACGACCCUCAGAAUGCCAUUGUCAGUUCUUCUGCAGAUGCAUGUCAUGAAGAACUGCUCAAGGCCAUAAAUGCUACUAUGGGGAAACCAGUGUCUAAUCUGCUUCCAUCCGGAGCCGACUUUUUUGGGUUUUCUCAUCCAACCAUCCACAACCUGAUCCAGAGUUGUCCAGGAGCCCGAAAAUGUGUCAAUUACCAGUGGGUGAAGUUUGACGUGUGCAAACCUGGAGACGGGCAGCCUCCCCAGGGCCUGCUGGAGAAUGAGGCAGCUAUAAGCUUUGAAGCCUUCCAGAGGCAGACCUUUGAUGAAGAUCGCAAUGAUCCCAUUCUACAAGGACCCUUGGACCUCCCGGAGCUUCAGCCUGCAGACUUUGUGUCUUCUUACGAACCUGUGUUCCUGGCGCACGAACCCUUGGUAGAUAAUCACCUCGAGCACUUGAAGUCUCCAUCGCAGUGCAGCCCAACACAGUCUUUAGACUGAACAAGGAGGGGCCAGAUAUGGCAUCGCUUUCAUCGUGAUGGUUUUUUAAACUAAACUGAAACUUAGACUAUGUGGGAGAGGCAGCAGCUCAGAAGUGAAGAAGAUGAUAACACAUCUUGUGGAGCUUCCCAUGGUGACAGUUUUCCCUGAGAAAAACUUCACCCGCUUUAUUUUUAGUAAUAAAUUUCUCUUGACAAUUCUGCUUAUUUUCUUCUCGUUAUCAGAUAUAAUCUGUUUUGCUUAUUUUUGCCUCAGGUAGAGUAAACUUAAAUCCUUUAUUAACCAGUGAGAAAUGGCUGCCGACUCAUGCAGGAGUUAGUACAGUUCUGACAACCUUCUAUCUUUGAUUCUGAUCCUAGUUCAAGGAACGUUAAGUCCCAGCCCCCCGACCCCGAGCAGCUGUUUUACUUUUGUGUCAGUAUCGUCCAAAUCAAAUCCUGCUCAUCCCCAGGCUGGAGAGUCCAGCCCAAAGCACACUUCACCCAUUUCCUCACGUUUCACAUAUGCUUCAAGGGGAUCAAAAGGUUACCUGACACUUUCUACAUCCUCUUAUGGUUUCUUAUCAGGGGAUGUGUUUUUUACUACAUUGAAACUGUGUGAUAACAACUUUAGAUCGGAUUGGUGAUGGGCUCCCAGCAUCCAUCACAGACUGACCCGGUCACUUCGUUAACCGUGCAGGAACCUAACUCUGCAUCCAGCAUGACUUGAAUUGUCUGGACCCCGCUCACGGCACUAAGGCGGAGACGCACCACAUCGCCUCAUGCCGACCCCUCCACGGCCACUGGCUGGGUGGGCAGCGGGGCGUCCCGGGGCUGGCUGGCAUGGGAAGGAACAGAAGGCCCCCAGAGGUACGAGAUUGGGGAAGGAGGGGUGAGAACUGGAUUGUCACUGUGCCAUGAUUCAUAACUGCCACCUGGGGAAGGGCUUGGGCAGUAGCGUUUAGAGCCCCCUGCACUGGUCGCUAUGACGUAUCAGGAGCUAAAGGAGCAUUAAUUUUAUGACUCUUAAUUAUAGUCUUUUUAUCAGUUUGUAAGCUUUUACAGUGCAAAAAAUUAUAAUUUGGAUUAUGGAAAAUCAAGGGUGGAGAGGGUAUUACUCAAAGCUGUUUUACUAUUUUUCUUUUGUCUUUUCUCUGUAAGUUGCCUGAACACAUCUGUACUUACACAGAAAUGAUAUACGCUGCUUUUAUCAUCUAGAAAUUACCUUUCCAUUCUAUUACAGCUUGAAUAAAUCACGUAUUAAAAGAGCUUCAUUUUAAGAAAGACAUUUAAAAAAAUGUUUAAUAAGUUA